GGAAUCCAAAGCCGGCGCGGCCGAUUCGCUCGUAGUGUAGUGCCGCCUCGCGCUCGGAACCGGCGGUGCGCCGUUCCCCGUGUUGCUCGGUGAAUGGAUAUCCCAGUCGAUUUAUUAUUAUGCGAUUACAUUUGACGUGCCGCGAUCCGAAUUGUUCCCCGGCGAGACGCGUGGCGGAAUGAUCAAUGGUGACGUCGACUGAUGGAGAAAAUCGAGUUAUUCGGGAGGGAAAUUCGAUUUUGUCGCAGUGCGAGACGUUAAAAAUUCUUCUCAGAGUCUGAGAACAGACGGACUUUUUCGCGGAGAGAAGAUGUAAACAUACGGCAAAUAAGAGGCGUUUAAUGCACUCGCGGCGGAUGCAAUUGCGUAUCUCGAGGAUAUUGCUUUCUCAUGCGAACAAUCAUGUAAGUUGCGCGUUCGCGGAGUGAUUCGUCAUCUCGGAAGUGCGUAUAUCGAUCGCGAUUCUCGUCUCGUUAUCUCCAUUCUUGGGAUCUACGCAGCAUAGUGCAAGUCAUAGAACGUCCGUUGCAAUUGGCGCUAUAAUUUCACUACUGACGCUUCAGAGGAUCCAAGCGGAUUGUGUGAAAAUAAAACGACUCGACCGUUUUCCCCCCACGGAGGCGUCGGAAUUCCAUCGUCGACACGAUUGAAGACAGAUGUUGGACCCGCGUCGCCGGGAGAAUCGCGUUAUCGCCGAGAAGAAGGACGCGAUGCACUCUCCCGAUGCAGCUGCAGCCGUCGCGUCGUGCGGCAGUCGUUUCUGAACGUUGCUUCGCGCCCUACGUCUCGUUGAUUAUUAAUUAAGAAAAAGGGAAGUAUCGACAGGCGGAGUCGUCGACGACGAAUAAAUGUUGCGUUAUCAAUAAUGUCGAUUCGCGUAAGUCGGUCGCCGAAAUUGAAUUCAUUGGCCGUCGAAAGCUGUCCCAGAAGCGAACGCUGUGCGUAGUUUUGCGAGACAGGAGACACCACGGAGACGAGCAAACUUGCGAGAUUGCAUUACAGAGUCACGACAAUUCACUUGGGAGAUAAUCUCCGAGUCGAGAGCUGAGAGCGUGAUGAAUCCAAGUGACGUGAUUAGUUUAUCGGUUAUACGGGGGAGAGUUUCCUUACUGUCGGAUUAAAUGUCUAGUAUUUCGCCAUGGGAAGCAGAUCGGAAAAUUUUGUCGUCGAAUAAAAAUCUGAGGUGGUGAUGUAACUUUUCAAUUUGAAUCCUUGCAACUCGGAUUCGACUUGAGGCGCUAUACGGCGCGACGCGAGGAGAGUUUCACGAGAAAAGCGGCUGCCGAGAAAAGGCGAGAAUGGCGAGCGAAGUGAUGCUGGCGCCCACGCUGUCGUCCAUACGGGAGAUGGACGACGUCAGGGAUAUGGUUAGAAGCGCGACCGUCACCACGAUUUACGCCAAACAACGUGCCUCCGUAAAAUGGCUGCUGUCGAAGGCAUACAACAAUCGAGUGCCAGAAAAACUCCGCGACCCUUAUUAUCGUGAUCAUGAGGAACAAGAGCAUUUAAAACCACAGAUUGUUCACGCGCUUUCCAAUGCGGAGCUCUAUUGCCUCGCGCUUGCCAACAUAUACUCGGAUCCUAACUAUCACAAUCAGAAUCACUACGGGAUCCUGCAAGCCCUAGCAAGGAAAGGCGUCUACGUCGCGGAGCAGAACAAUACUCAGCUCACCGAAACGAUUCUCAUUCAAAAUUCACCACUCAAGAUGUCUGCGCAUAUGGCUGUGAUAGAAGGCCUGAUGGUCUUGUACGCGAAGGAGGUGGUGACAGGGGACCGGGUAGUCUCGGCGAUACGACGGUUCAAUCCCCAGGCCGAGGUAGACGUGCCGUCGGAUCACGAGAAGGGUCUCCUGCUCUGGAUCAAUCAUGCGUCGCACGCGCUAAUCGCCAAGAUUCAGAGCGAGGAAGGUGGCGGCGAUAAGACGCGGCUGCCCGAGUUACCCGCCGCCAAGGACUUUCAGUCUCUGUGCGACGGUGUCGGCUUGGCGGCUGUUGUCGCCUUCUACUGUCCCGGCGAGCUCAACUGGAUGGAGAUCAGGGUGUCGAAAAGACCCUCGGUAGCGGACGCGCUGCACAAUCUCUCCUUGGUGCACGCGUUCUGCAUCAAAUGCCUGCCCUACUCCAUUUUCCACAUGCUGCCCGAGGAUGUUACAUAUAUGAGAGGAUCGAUGAAGCAGAACCUGGUAGUCUUUCUAGCUGACAUGUACAACGUCCUGGAGAUACAUCCGGCGAAAUGUGUGCGCUAUCCUGGUGAGGAGCGGGCGAUGCAAUACCUAGAUGCCUGCCCGCGCAAUAGUCAUGGCGUAGCUCAUAAGAGAAGCCUGCCACAGUCUAUAGCUCCGAUACCUGAUCUGAGAAGCAACCUCUCCAUAUCCGCGCCAGGUUUUACAGUUACGAAGUCGACAUUGGGUAACACUGUGAAGAAGUCACAAUCUUUGCAACAAACUGCCGAGGGUCACCCAUAUGAUGACAGGCGCGCAGGUAGUGAGGACAAUUUUGUAGUGCAUCGUGGUAAAGGCAUUCCCACGCUGAGUUCCGUAACUGAUGAGAAGUCCGCAGCCAGAACUGAAGCCGCUGGUCGGCCGAGCAACUGGGAGGAUCAACGACGGAGUUCCUAUGCCGGACGUCGAUCCAGACGGAACAGUAUCACGGAUGAUUCUCAGUUGACUAUCGAGAACUUUGGCGGGUCUCAGGAUAAUUUACACAAUUUUGGUAGAAAUCCGGAUAAAGAACUAGGCGCGCACACCGGCAAGCGCAACAUCGCCGAGCCGACGUUGCCCGCGCGAUCCAGCGUCCAGGAUGUGUACGGUAGCGGCGUGCAGCACAUAAUCGCGGACAAUGGUUACGGCGGUGGCGAGGAGCCGACGAGGUUGCGACGGCAGGCGUCUAACAGCAGUCUGGAUAAUAACGUCGCUCUUCGGCAAAUUUUACAUUCCAGCGCAGAAAACGAUAGCGGUGCGGACGGCGGCGGCGGUGACGACACUCUCAUGAAAUUCGCCAGUUUCGCGAAUCUGAGCAGACAAAGCUCGGAAAAGGGGAUCAAUUUCACGUAUACGGAGCAGGACGAUGCUAAAUCGAACAAAAAACACGGCCAGAGUAAUGGUAAUGGGAACAGUGAGAAGAAAACGACGUUCGCCACUCUGCCAAACACAACUACGUGGCAACAGCAGAGCAGCCAGCAGUCGCAGCAGAUGGAGCAACACUCUAUUGAUGAGAACGGUGGUAAUACCGUAAUGGCCUCUCAGCUGAAUAAUAUACGACUGAAACUUGAAGAGAAGCGACGGCACAUAGAGAACGAGAAGCGAAGGAUGGAAGUUGUUAUGUCGAAACAGCGGCAGAAAGUGGGAAAGGCUGCCUUCCUGCAAGCGGUUACGAAGCUAUACUCGAUGGGUAAGGUUAAAUCUCCUUCUUCGUCAACGUCCGGGGGGGACAGUCCGGCCGAGACAGGCGGUCCCCCCACUCCUGUAACCUCCGGAUCUUCCGGGGCGACCCCGACGAGCGUUUCCGAGGCGUCCCCUGUAACCCAACAACCCCUUCAAGAAAAACCACAGAGACCCUUCUCGCUCAAGGAAAUUAGUGAGGAUGUACGAGAUGUCGAGCAUAAGUGGUUGGAGCACGACGGUAAUGCGCCAUUCAUCGAAACUAGACGCACUCCGGACAUCGAGAAUAUGGAUCCCGAACAGUAUCGUCAAUCCAUAACGCAUAUGAAUAAUAGUCUGAGCGAGAUUCAAGCGGAUAUACAGCGUUUGGCGAACCAGCAGAAUCAGAUUCAGCAGCAGCAUCUGAUGUCGCAGCAUCAGAAACAGAUGCAGCAUCAGCUUCAACAGCUGCAGAGUCUCAGUCAACAGCAUCUGCAGAGUUUUGGAAUAUCACCAAUGAAUCCCUUAGCGCCCAGAUUGCAAGAUCCCCAACAGUCGCAGUUCUACCUGCACGACCAGCCGCAAGUACAGAGGAGAAUGUGGGGUCAGCCGGCACCCGCUCAGAGUCUGGCCAAUGAGAUGGCCGCGGUGGGCUAUCAGCAAUCUUUGGAUUCGCGAUUUAGUCCUCAACCUGCCGCUUAUCAGCAGGACAUGCGCAUGUACGCGGAUCCAACGAGGACUUGGGCCGCGCCACACCCGACGCAAAAGGGAUUCGUUUUGCACGACACUCAGGAACCAAGGUACCUCAACGGGGAUCAUAGUCUGUGUAAUAAUCAAAUGAGUCACCCCGGUCCGACCAGCGUCUUUCCAACGUCUUCGUCGCUUUUUAACCAAACACAAGCCACAUCUGCUAGUCCGCAACAUCGUAACACCGUUCAUCGAAUAAGUCAGUUAAUUAGCGAAAGUCCCGAACCUAAGAGAUCAAGUGUACAUCACGUUCCGAUCUCAUGUGAAAGUCCAACGGAAAAGAGGCAAGCUACAGCAUUGCACACUCCGGUACCAGCACCGCCUGCCGAUGAUAUGAAGCCUCAAAAUAUAUCUUUUAUCGGCAAUGACGACGAUAUCGCGCAGGGUAUUCGCGGUUUGAACAUCACGUCGGGUAGUCGUACAUACAGAAUACCAUCGCCAACUAGACCCACGAUAUCGCAGAAUUCCUUCCAACCUCAUCCGUCGUUGAGGGAGACGUCGCGUUCGGCCACUCCAGAUGUCACGCCUCUCGAUUCUACGGACGCGAACGAGAAAGGAUUUUACAUCUCUUUCGACAACGAUGCUCCCAAAAAACCGAAACCGACUCUCAGAGUAAAAAGAACUUCUCCUAAAAAGGAACGAAGCGUAUCGUCCUACAUCGAACACGAGGACUUUACAGUGCGUCCGGAAUCGCCUCCCGCUAGCGCGUUAGAAAGACAGAAACAAAUGGAAGCUCAGCGAGAAUUAGAGCGGGAAAGAUUGCGGCAAGCCGAUGAGAGGGAACACCAGAGGCAAGAAAUGAGGGAUCGAGAGCUCAAACGGGAAUUAGAGAGGGAACGGCAGAGGGAGAAACAACGCGACAGCAGUACAGAAGGCCGACACGCUUCCGGAGUUGGUCUGGUGAUUGGGAAUCAACUCGCAAAUCCUGAUCCGAAUUGUAUGGAUGAAAUGGAGAAAAAGAAGGAAAGGAUAAUGCUGAUGUCGCUACAGAGAAGGCAGAGACAAGAGGAAAUGAAGGAAAGAAAAGAAUCUGAGGCUCAAGCACGUAGAGAACAAGAAAAGUUGAAGAUGGAAGAAAGAGCUCGUAAGAAAGAGGAGGAACGACAACGGCGUGCCGCUAUCUUGGAGCAUCAUAAAGUGAAGAAAGCGAUAGAGGAAGCGGAGAGAGAAGGUAAAGUAAUUGAUAAGGAGCUCCUGAAUGCAAUAAAUCCAGCAAAAUUACGCAACAAGACUGCAACGACCGCUCGACCGCGACCCAAAACGAUUCACGGAGAUGCUGGCGCAGUAUUGGAUUCCGGGGCUCUUACACCUAGUCGCGGGAAGAAGGGUUCUUCUUCCAAUUUAAGUACAGCGUCGCUGACCUCUCCGACGAUGAGGCGAGACUACUACCGAGGUUCGCAGGAUAGUCUCACUGCUGCCCAUCUCGAUGACCGACGUUGUUCCGGCCCUCUUUAUCGGGGCGGCAGUCUCAGGGUAUCUUCCGUAGAUUCGCCCGAUGACGGUAGGGGUUCCUCGCCUUGUCGCAGUGUGAAUCAGCUCGGUCGACGCGGCUCCUACAAGACCUCCAGAGAUAUGCAGGAGACUCAGCAACAAGUUAGAGGCAGGCCUAAAUACCAGACUUACCAAAACUUUAAGGGGAGAAAGUCUAAUUCUCUGAUGAAUUUGUGCGAUUCGGACAGCGGCUUGGGCCGAUCGACGCCUCCGAGACGCGCCGCCAGUCCGGGCAUAGGCAGCAUGAGGCAUCUGACAUCACCUUCAGGUCCUGGCUCGCUACCACCCGCUCUGAUGACAUCGAAGAAGAGGAUCUACGACGAUGGCAGCAGCGACAUUAGCAGCACACCAAGUUCUAUGAUGGACUAUAACGGCCCAAGACUGUAUAAACUGCCGAUAGCCAAGUCGAAUCGUAACAUAAUGUUGAAUGCCGUGGAGUACUGCGUCUUCCCCGGCACGGUGAACAGAGAAGCCAAAUCGAGAGUCCUGGAAGAGAUCGGCCGGUCCGAGAGCAAACACUUUCUUAUCCUGUUUCGGGACGCCGGCUGCCAAUUCCGCGCUCUCUAUUCGUAUUGUCCCGAGAGAGAAGAAAUAGCCAAGCUGUACGGUACUGGGCCCAAACAAGUCAUCGAUAAUAUGUUCGACAAGUUUUUUAAAUACAAUUCCAGUGGAAAAUGCUUUUCACAAGUUCACACGAAGCAUCUGACGGUGACCAUAGAUGCCUUCACGAUACACAAUAGCCUCUGGCAAGGUAAAAAGGUGAACUUACCUAACAAGAAGGACAUACCGCUCGUCAUAUAGUUUUACACAAGUGGUCACACACUUAACAUUACGCUACUGUGCCCUCUGUUGUUCAUAGUUACUAUUUUAAUACAGGCCCAUAUUAAAUUAAUGCGAAUGCGUUGCGUUUAGUCAAUUUUGUAAGGACAACUGAUCAGUGCUGACCCUCGAAUAAAUAAAUAAUCACGUCGGUGCAUGAGUCUCACGUUUCUUAUCGCGUAUGUUGGAGGGCUGGAAAACACCAGGGGAGUGUUGUCACACCAGAGAAAAGGGUUUUUUUUUUUUGCGUUAUCCAUUUUUCAUUGAGUGUCAGCAUUAAUCACUGUGUCAUAAGAUUACCAGUAUCUACUUAUAAGAAUGGUUUGUUGUCAAUACAUCUCUAAGAUACACAUUUUCCUUAAUUUUGCGGACUAACUCUCGUCAUAUAACCGCCUUGUAAUCGUGUAAACCGCUGUGUUGCGACUGCGUGGGCGUACGACUCAUGGACAUGCGCGCAAAAGUUAUUCUUUUUUUGAAAUUUAUUUUGCGAAACGAAGCGAAAGUGUGGGAGGCUGGCAACGGUGCAGCUUGUGUUCUCGUACAUGUAUGUGUGCGUAAUUUGUGAUUCGCAUAGGUCUCUUUCCAUUCUUCGCUAUGCUAGAGAUUCUAAAUUAUUCAACGAUUAUUAUCUAGUUUGAAACUUUUUAAGGAAUACAUUAAGGUAUAAUAAACACAAACAUGUGAGGGAUCAUUAAUUUUUAGAUAUGUCUCAUGCGCAAAUCAUGACUUUAAACUUGGUUUUAUUUUAUGUAAAAUGCAAUGUAACCUUGCAAAAGAUGUGCCCUCUUUUUUUUAUAUAAAUUUUUUUAUUGCGGAGAACAUUUUUUUUUUUAUAUACUUAUAUUGAUAUUUUACCGAUUGAGAUACGCGUUGGCAGAAUACUUGACGCGGCUCAACCGAACGGGGUUGAAUUAAUGAUUUCUCAUAUUGCGUACGUUUCUCGCGGCUGUUGACGAUUGUAACGCGUAGCGCGAUUUUUACAGUCUCCCCUCUCAUCCCUUUUAUUUUUGUGGGGGGAAAAAACCCUUGCCAGUGGGGUGAUGACAGAUAUGAACGACGACAGCUCAUGUAAAUAAAUCAGUUCGUUGCGUAAUUAGCUGAACCAAGUGAUGAAAGAGCCUUACAGUAAAUCCGGGCGUAUGAUGCAUACGUUGAGUCCGUUUCUUUGAGACGAUCGCUCGAAUUACGAUAUUAUACGUUUCAAAUCUAAUCUAAAAAAGAAAUGCGUGUGAUGUGUGCGCACGUACAUUAGUUUAUCCUGAAGCGGCUGUUUUAUCGCGAGCGAUAUGUUUCGUCGAACGGAUUAGGUAGUUAUCAUUGUGUACAGAAAGUGAAUAUUUGCGUAAGUAUCGUUGCCGCGCGGACAAAGUCGAAGGACCGUCAGGAAGAGAAAGCUCGCGAUGCUUUCUUUUCCCUCCCAAACGCGCUUCAACUUUUAUCGUUUUUUAAGAGGAAGGCGGAGAAUGGACGCCGUCUAUCCGCGUUUUUUUUUUUUCGAACGUAGUUUCGUUAUUUGAAAAUUCACAAGUUCUGCAGAGAGCCAUACUCUGCCUUCUUCAAAAACAAAAAAACAAGAAAAAAAUAUAUAGCCUUAUGUUAUGAAUGAUGUAAUUGGACUAAGUGCGUAAAGACAUUUAACGAAUUGACAGUCUGACUUUUUUUGAAACCGUGUCUUGUUCAUUAUACAUUACGUUUUCCUCGUAAAAUUCACCGGCAACGCGAUACAUACCCCGCCGUUUCUCAGCGAAACUUCAGUCAGUCCGAGCGAACAGAGAACGCGGCGGUCCGUAAUUUAUCGGAGGAACUGUUAUAAUUUAUUGUGCCAUAAAUUCGAUGUUCGCUUUUCGCAUGGGACUGACAUCGGCUUCCUAUCUCGCUGAACGGGCCUUUUCGGUCGGAUAUAUAUUUCUUUCAUUACAAUGUUGUAGAAAAAAGCUAGAGAUAAGUAGACAUAUUCAAGUAGAUGUUUUAUACGACAAUAUCGGGGGUCUAUCGUUUGUACGAUUAUUUUCUUUCUGGUCCCGCGGGAUUCGUUCACGAUAAUGACGUGGACGCCGCCUCCGGAAUCGUUCUCCACUUAUUUUAUACGACAAGUCUUCGACCCGGUGCGUAUGAUCGUGUCGAGUAUAAAUAGACCCUCCAUAUUCCGCGACACGGCGUAACGCAAACAGGAUUAUUAACGAUACAAUUACAAAUACAACACGACAUAUCGAAAUCCAGUAUUCUCCGACAGUUGAAACUGCGGAGGGAUAAUCUAUGUAUCUUCAAUUUGCGUGGGACGGUCAAUUUGGCCUCAUCGUCCCGCGUUUCGCCGUUCGACACGUGUAAUGAGAGAGAUUAAACUCCGUCGAGAUUGUAGUAAUCAAGAGAGAAAGAGAGAGAAAAGUUCACUGUUCUAUAUAUAUUCCCGUCUGUUGUAAAUUUAUCCGAAUAUAAUGAUGAUUGAAGAGAGAAAGAGAACGAUAAGAUAGAGAAUCUUAGAAACAGUCCGACCUGACAAUAUCGAACGUGAGGUACGCGCCAUAAAAAAAAAGAAUCUUUAAGAUGGAGUGCAAAUUGCAGUAAGUCCUUGGUGACGAUGUUUGAGAGGAGAAUGAAGAGAGAGAGAGAGAAAGAGAUAUAUGAAUUGAUUGCAAUUAAUAUAUAAAUAUAUAUAUAUAUAUAUAUAAAUAUAUACAUAGUCAUUAAUCUUAAGAGCCAGCGAGAAUAAUGGCUUGUGGAAAUGGGAUUGAUUACAGAGUUAUGAUGUUAAGAGAAGUCUCUCGAUAUUGGUCGCUUUUAUGCUUGAUAUUUAUAUUUUUUGAAGAAUAGAUAUUAUUAGUGAGCUGGUGAAAAAAGACUUGGAUGCGACAAUUGAACAUGGAUAAAAAAAAAGGGAUAGACCGAGACGACGGGAAGGAGACGGGAAACCAGGCAUACACACAACACACAACACACACACACACACACACACACACACACAAAAUUGAAUAUACUGCGGCACGACGUAAAUUUAUACGCCGCAGUUAAAUCGCGCUUACUAAUAAUAAAUGAUUAUUGUUACGUAAUAAUUAUCGAUUUUUAUUGUCGCUGAAAUUUUGACGAUCAAGACGAAUAUAUCAUUUCUCGAACUUCUAUCCGUGUCUCUGUAAAUAUUAUGUUUUUAUAUACACAUAAAACGAAAAAAAAACGUAUACCUACCUACUCGACGAUAAUGUAUAUUUAUUCAGUACGUCAUGUAAGAUUUGGGUCAUAAUUUACUGUUAGCAUCUUCGCAGCGAAUGUCAUUAAUAAAAUUUAAUAACCCAUU